CGGUUUGAACCAAGCGGAUAACUAUGGGUAACGAUAUAGAUUCUACAACACGUGUGGAGAUGAAAUCCACAUCUGUAAAUACUCGAGAGUAUUCAUUGUGGAAUAUAUGGAUCAUAUCUGUGUUCCUUAAGCUUUUGCUAUCAAUUGGAUACCAUUCCACCGAUUUUGAGGUCCACAGAAACUGGCUUGCAAUAACAUAUAACUUACCCAUCAACAAAUGGUACAUAGAAAAAACCAGUCAAUGGACGUUGGACUAUCCUCCAUGUUUUGCAUACUUCGAAUGGGUGUUGUCUCAUUUAGUACCUCAAUUCGUUAAAGAUGAUGGGUGUUUGAAAUUGGUGGAAAAGGGCCAAUAUGGUUUGCCAACGAUCUUUUAUCAGAGAUUGACAGUCAUAUUAAGUGAGUUUGUUUUGUUUUACGCUUUGAAAUGGUACAUAAGGUCAUCCAAGAGCCAGGCCGAAGCUAGAAGAGCAUAUGUCGUGGGGUCUAGUUUGAUACUUUCUCCAGGCUUGUUAUUGAUCGAUCAUAUCCAUUUCCAAUAUAAUGGUAUGAUGUACGGAUUAUUGGUAUUGGUGAUCAACAACGCCAGAUUAAAGAAUCACUUGCAGUGUGGGUUCUGGUUUGCGUUGCUUCUUUGCUUCAAGCACAUUUAUCUUUACUUAGCACCUGCCGUGUUUGUAUUUUUAUUGAGAGAUUACUGUUUGAACUUGAAAUUCAACAAGCGUAAAAGUGUGUUUUGGAACACGUUGCACUUGAUCAACUGGAUGAACUCGAUCAAGUUGGGCUUGAUUGUGGUGGGGACUUUUGGGGUCUGUUUUGCUCCUUUCAUUUACUAUCAACAAAUUCCUCAGUUGUUGGAAAGGUUGUUUCCCUUUAGUAGAGGAUUGACCCACGCUUACUGGGCACCCAAUUUCUGGGCCAUCUAUUCCUUCACGGACAGACUCUUGAUUUUGGUUUACAAAAACAUUCCCCUUAGUCGGAUACCGCUUUUGAGUUUUUUCAAGUUCAACGAGGCCUUGUUAUCUGAUCCUAAGUUUGCAAAUACUUCCACCAGAGGAAUCGUGGGAGACAUUGAGUUUUUAAUUUUGCCCACCAUCACCCCCAAAUUGACAUUUCUCCUCACACUAUUCUAUCAGAUUAUGGCACUCAUUCCUCUUUUUAUUCAGCCAACUUUUUACAGAUUUGUGGGAUCUUUGGGCUUAUGUGGGUUUGCAUCCUUUUUGUUCGGCUGGCACGUCCACGAAAAGGCUAUCUUGUUAGUAAUUUUCCCCAUAUCUUUCUUGAUCGUUAAUGACACCCGCUUAUUGACCCCUUUUAACUUGCUUGUAAGUUGUGGAUAUGUUUCGUUGUUUCCUUUGAUAUAUACCAGUUCGGAGUGGCUCAUCAAGGUGUUGUACACGUUUUUGUGGUAUGUGAUAUACACGUAUAACUUCAGAAAUGUUACUAAGAUCCCAAAGCACAAUAAGGGACACGAUCUUAUCUUGGAUCGAUUUAUCAAUUUGUACAUAUUGGGAUUAUUGGUGGUUGUGGGGGUCACCAGUUGUAUCGACCUAUUUGAAACCAAGUUCGAGGUGUUGAAGAGAUUGGAGUUCCUCAAGUUGAUUAUCAUAAGUGUAUACUGUGGGUUUGGGGUCAUUGGCAGUUGGAACGGUUUUUCUUGGGCAUUCUUUGUCAACGAUUCAAUCUUCACAGAAAAGUCUUGAGGAUUUAACAUGGUCGGUUUCAACAAUAGAGUCUAACGAUAGAAUGGUUAACGCAGUUGACAAUCCUGAUAGGUUUCAAGAUUCAAGAGUCUAAAGAUAGAAUGGUUAAUGUACAUGAUGUCUAGGUCAGUUUCAAUAGUGCCGUUAUGGCUGCUUUGUACUGUUGUGAUUUGCUAUAGGUCCCAUCACCAGAUGUCUCCGAUUCUGUGUUAACAAUAGGCCGCGCAGGAACCCUUGUAAUUGCAGCAACUAAAUUCGCAUUAACUCCGAGAGUCAGCUCAUACUGAAAAAUCCCCUUUGUACAGUGUUCCUGAAAAAUUAUUCCUCACUUAUAUUCCAGAAGUAUUCAAAUGUCAGAAGAAACCAUCAGUUUAGGAACAUACUUGUUCGAGAGAUUACACCAAGAGCCAAUUGGCUUAAGGUCUAUUUUCGGAGUCCCCGGAGACUUCAAUUUGACGCUCUUAGAUAAGAUUGAUGAUGUGAAGGGUUUGAGCUGGAAAGGAAAUGCCAAUGAAUUGAAUGCUGCGUAUUCCGCAGAUGGAUAUAGCAGAGUUAAGGGAGGCAUUGAGCAGAACUCGGAGAAAGGAGGAAGUGGUUUUGCUGCUUUAGUCACCACCUUUGGUGUGGGAGAGUUGUCUGCCUUAAAUGGGAUUGCUGGUGCUUAUGCUGAGCACGUUGGAUUAUUACACAUUGUGGGAAUUCCUUCUAUUGCUGCUCAAUCCAAACAGCUUUUAUUGCACCACACAUUAGGAAACGGAGACUUUACUGUGUUCAGGAAGAU